AUCGUGGACACCUUCUUCAUCGGCCGCCUGGUCCUGGUGGCCAUCAUGAGCCUGGUUGUCCUGGGCUGCCUGCCCCUGCUGCUGGUGUACCACCUCCUGGAGCCCGUGUACGCCACGCCGCUGCACGGCAG